AUGAUGAGGGCAUCACCAUCCAGUCGGCGUAGACCGAGAAUUGCAUCCCCUUUAUUCCUUGUACUCAUAUGUGGUGCUGGUGGCCAUGUACAAGCGCUUGACUGGAAAAAGUCACUCGCUGAAGGGAAAUCAUUCUCCUUGCCCAAGAAUCUUCUUUCUGGAAUCAAUUUCGACAUUGUGAAAAAGAACGAGACAAAUGCCUACCAAAUGAUUGCCUCUCGGGUAUGGGGCACUAUGAAAGGAUUACAAGGCUCUGAUGGAACUUUCAACGCUGCCGAUUCAUCAUCAUCAUCCUCGUCAGUCGAAUACUAUUCUUCCAAUGUUUCCAGCGACGUGGCACUGAUCGGUUCCUUACUUUCCUGGCUUUACGCAUCCUGGAUCGCCCUCAUGACGCCUCAUCCCAAUCCAGCGGUUGCCGCCACCCUUCCCUUACGACAUGAUAUCUUGACAUUUUCGCAAGCAGUCGCCUUUCAAGUUCCAAUCAUGGUGGCAGCUUUUACCGCUCUGGAACAAAACAAUGGAAACGAUUUGACAUUGCACCGCCGAUUGUUGUUGGGAAUUGGUACCAUGUCCUUGUGGACGGGAGCCGGUGUCUUUUAUGGCAAGACGUUUUCACGGGGGUAUGAAUUGUUUUCCACUGGAUUCCGGUAUACCAUUGCAACGAUUGAGAUUGCCAUUGCUUUCUGGUGUUUUUCAAGGUGGGCGGAAUCGGUUGUUGUUCCACUAGACAAGAAGAAAAAGUUUUUGAUUUCCAGGUUACUCCGGGGUUCCGUGGGAUCUGUCAUGUCUUUGCUGCACGGCAGCUCGGAUAGUGGUGAUAACUAUAUUGUAAUUGCCCACAAGAAACCGUCUAUGGACAAUCCCGAGGACAUUGACACCAACGACAUUGCCUUGUACACGGCCUCUACCAUUGGAUUGUUGGCCUUGUCGAUCCUGCCCCAACUGACCAGUUUCCCCACGGCCACCAUUCCUACCAUUUUGGGCAAACGUUUUUCUAGGGCCGCCUCGGGGAUUACCUUUUUGGCAGCCGUCAUGGCCUAUAGUUUGCGGGAUUAUUAUCUCAAAGCCAGAAGCAAUGGAACAAGAAACAAUCAUAACGAGCAUUUGCUUCCUCUUCCAAUUCAGACAUUACGAAAAGGACUGGCGAUUGGUGCCAUUGGUCACUUGUGUUUGGUGGUGGGCAAGUUUGUGGGCAUUGAUGGCGGGGGUCUAUUGAUGGAAGGAAAUGGAUUAUGGGAAUUCUAUCCAAGUAUGGUAAAUGCGGCCCGAGCGGCCACCACUCUCAUGUUUGUUACCUUUUGGAUCACAGCCUUUGUGUGCACACGACGAUGA